ACUCAAUCUACCCAUUUCAAGCGGGUUUCUUGAGCACCGAGAACACAAUGUCAUGCAUCAUGCAUUUACCGAAGAAGAGGUGCGUCUCUCCCUUCAGAUUGAGCCUCAACUCGCACGCAAAACCAAACCAUGGUUCGACUAUGCAUACUUCCCAACCAGAAAGUCUCCGUCCUUGUCUUGAUCCUAGUUGCGUCGGAGCUUUUGGGGGGCAAUGGCACGUUGGGGUACAUUUUCCAUGAUGGCACCUCGUCAAAGAAUGGAAAGAGCUACCCAGGCAUUAUCGGCGGCAUAGUUGGGGGCGUGGUGGCCAUGGGAUUUGCCAUUUGCUUGGUUCCAGUUAUUAGAAGGAGAAUGUGGGAUAAGGCACACCGGAGAGCCGUACAAGAAGUGAAACAGGAUACCACAAGAACCACCGCCAGCACAGCACCCGUCAUCACGUUUUCAUCCGCCACUUUUUAUACCGCAUACAAACACGGGUACCGGAACAGAGGGUGCAGUAAAAAGGGAAUAAUCCACUUCAAACCAAUCCAAUCCGACCAGAAUGAUACCAUUGCUGCAGCCAGGGUCAGGGCGAACUUUAAACAAAUCACAGGAAAUGGUAAAGAUGAAACGGGAGAAAGGUACAAUAUUGUCAAUGGGCUCGUGUCUUCCAAUGGCAAGGCGUGCUGGGUGGAACAUAUUCCUGGCAGUAGAAUCAAGUAUCUCGUCACAGGGAAUUUCCGGAGCGAUAUUGAAAGCACUAGUAGCGCAACCAUAACCUUUGAAGGCUCGUGCCAACAAAACAAUGGGUGCAAGGGUUCCUUUUCCAGUUUCUCUGUUCACAAGACCGACAAAGAACACUCUGUUGCAGUCCUUCCUCCAAUGGAAGUGGCUUCUGCGGUGCCUAUCAUACUAGAUGGUUUACAGGAGGAGCCAACAGCAACGAUGGAUCUGGAUAACUAUGCCCUAGAUGUGGAAUUGCAGCCAGUGGAUCAGGUCACAGCAGUUGCACGCCCUGUUGGUUGAUAAUAUGCGACCCACUGGAUCCAAUCGCAGCAACAAAGUCUUGGAAGAACCACUCUCCUAGAAAUUGUAGCAUGCAUAGAUUCCGAUCCUGUACCACUUCCGAUUACUCUGUAGGUACUAGUACGCGGCCAAACCCCUACAUGUGUGUAUUUGUCACAGUUCUGACAUGCAAUCAAAAGUGUUGUAUUAGUAUUCCCUCUGACCUCUGCAAAUUUGGUUUCACUUCUCUCAAACACUGCUCCCGAACACUUCCCCCGAACACUUUUAGUGUUGUAUUAGUAUUCCCUCU